ACUCAAAACCAAUUGUGCCUUAAUCUCGCUUUCUCUCUCUUUCAUAUCAUCACUCUCUCCGAUCAACGCUUCUGCCGUCGUAGCUCACCAAUUGAUCAGCUGCUAUUUUGCUAUUCUAUUUUGUCAAAGAAGUGCACACAGCAAAAUGGACGAUUGGGAGGAUGAGCAAAUUGCACCUAUUGACCUUAACAAAAAGGAAGUGACUAAAAGUAAAUGGGAUGAUGAAGAUGUGGAUGAAAAUGAUGUAAAGGAAUCAUGGGAGGAUGAAGAUGAGCCUGCUCUGGCACCGGCACCUGCCCCUAAUACAACCGAAAAGGCUCCUAAAAAAUCUGAAAAAGCUGCUGAAAAGAAGGGAAAGAGUGUAGAACCAAUAAAGGAAGAAUCGUUGGAUCCUGUGGCUGAAAAACUUAGACAACAAAGACUGGUUAAAGAAGCAGAUUAUAAGAGUACCAAAGAAUUGUUUGGUGGUGGGGAAAAAGAUGAGAAAAACCUUGAUACUUUCAUACCCAAGUCAGAGAGUGAUUUCUUGGAGUAUGCAGAGCUCAUCUCACACAGGCUUCGUGCUUUUGAGAAAAGCUAUCAUUAUAUUGGUUUGCUGAAGGCUGUAAUGAGACUAUCUAUGGUUCAAUUGAAAGGAGCCGAUGCAAAAGACAUUGCAUCUUCAGUUACUGCCAUUGCAAAAGAGAAGAUAAAAGCAGAGAAAGAAGCCAAUGCUGGGAAAAAGAAAGGUGGCAAGAAAAAACAGCUUAUUGUUGAAAAACCGGAUGAUUAUUUUGCUAUCAGUGAUCGAUAUGAGGCUUUGGACGAUUAUGAUUUCAUGUGAAAAAUUUUGGUUCGAUUCCAUUCAAAUAGUCAUGGGAUUCUUCAACCUUUUUCAACAUUGGAAGUUGGGACAAGACCCUUCGGCAUAUCCUUAUUAUCUAAAAUUGAUGAGAGCUGUCCUGUAAUUUGUCCAAUAAGUGUGUGCAUCAGUGU